AUUAAAUCCUUUUGUGUUACAUUUAAUUCAUUUACAAUUGCUACUACGACUAUGAAUACAACCCUACAGCAACCAUAAUUAACGUAUUCAUAUAAAAGAAGCCUCCCUGUUUCUUUCUCUUUUUCUCUCUCUUUAUUUUCUUUAUUUAUCGUUGCCAUGACACCAAAAGAACCUUAUAUUGAAUUACCUAAACCUUCGUCGCUCUUAUUGAAAAGGCUAGUUGAUCCAAAAAAGAACCUGACUAUCAGAACACCAAGCUAUAGACACGAUUACCAUCACCAUUUGAUCCACUCUGCCCCGCUCAGAAAAGUCAUGAAUAAAAGAAUAAUGAAACAACCUAUUGUGCCUUCUCACAUACCACCCCACACAUCAGCACUUGCAUCAUCAACCUCUGCAUCAUCAUCGUCGUCAUCAUCAUCAAGAAAGCAACUCUUUUUACAACCAUUUGAGUAUCUUUAUGAUAACCUCCAACAAGUCAAAGAAUUGAAAUCAACCUUGGAUGAUGAAAUAAGGAAGUCUUCCAAUUUGAUACAAACACUUCAAUCCUCUUCUGAUUUAAUUGAAUCCCUUGUACGUAAACAUGUCAAUCAAUCAUUAAAUCAAAGGCUAGAGCAUUGCCUAAAUGAAUGUGCUUCCCCUAUUCAUUCUCCUACUUCUCAUACAUCUGCUACAACUAAAAAAGAUUUGCUGGUUCAACUUUUUGAUAGGAUAGAUGUAUUAGAAUCCAAAUUAUUAAACAAGUCAUCUUAAAAUACCCUUCCUCUUUUGAUACAAGUACUACG